CGGUCUCAGUGAGUCUAUGUUUUUGUUUCAAUAUUUAUCGUGUAUAAAGUUAUUAUAACUAUGCCACCCAAGAAAAGAGAAAAGGAAAAUGAACCGCCGAACAAGAGUAGCAAAACUGAAAAUAAUAAUGGUGAUCAUGAACAGUUUUUACAAGCAUUUGAGAAACCCACUCAAAUCUAUAGGUACUUAAGAACUCGACACAUGAUUAAGCCCAUAUUUUUACUUCGAACCUUACUCUAUAUGAAACAUAGGAUGUCAAGGAAUCAUAAAAGACGCAAAAGUUUUAAAGUAGAUUCUAUGCUUCAAACUAUUACGAACAGAUUGCAGCCCCAGCAACCUAUUACAGGGUUUUUAACUCUGACGUUUUUAGGAUUUUAUAAUAAAUCAAGUCAAGGUCAGGAGGACCCGGUUAAGGUCGAAACAUUGCUCUUGAAAGUUUGCCAUAAGAAAAGGAAGGAUGUUUCUUGUCCUGUCUUAACGGUUUCUUUAGGAACCAGUUAUGUGCCUCUCAAUCCCUCAGAAGAAUUUCCCCCACCCAAAGCUCCGACUGUGUCUGUGCCUACGGAAUGUUUUUCAUUAUCAGGACAAUUAGUAAAAUCGUACCAUCUACUUCUAAGAGUUUCAACUAUGUCUUCAAACAUAUCUGUUCUGGCUGCAAUCCAUGAAGAUUCAAAAGAACCUGCUACAAAGAAAAGGAAAAUUAGUAAAUCAAGUGAAGAUGAUAAGCCGGUUCAAUUUGGCACUGAAGUAAUAAUAUACGAUAAACAAAACCGUUGCCUCCUCACUGAUGGAGAAUAUGAAUUUUUGUUGGAGAAAUUGGAUGGGACUGCUACAAAGAUUAACAAUUCCCUAUCGACAUGGGAGGAUAUUUCUUUUGAAAGAGAGAUUCAGGAACAACACAUUGAAUCUUUCCAGGAUAUGACGAAUGGCCCAACAUUAAAAAUUAGGCUGCAGUGGUCUCGUGAACAAGUGACUCCUAUUAUUGACCGACCACCUCCUAUCAUUCCGAUAUGUAAUUCAGAGUUAGUGAAAGAAAAUAAUAAUAAAACUGGCAUGGAAGUAGCCAAGCAGUUGGAUGGCCCAUCAGUCGUGUACCAUUUUCUUUACAAUGGAAAUACUAAACAACAAACUGAGACUGCUCCCGACUUACAGUGUGCAUGGUGCUCCAUCGAUUGUAAAACUUUGUAUUCACUGUUAAAGCAUCUGAAACUUUGCCAUCCUAGAUUUAAUGUUACUUAUGUAGGUGGGAUACGUAUUGAUAUCUCAGUUAAUGAUGGCUACGAUGGGAGCUCUUGGAGGCAGAGUGGAGGUCCUAUCAGGGGUACUGGCCCGGCCAAGAGACCGACUGUCUCUCACAUAAUUGUAUGUCGCCCUAAGAGGUCACCACCUCACCUUUCAGAGUUCAUGGAUACUCAGGAGGCCGAAAGCCAGCGACCAUAUAUCACGGGGCACAAUAGGUUGUAUCAUCAUACAACAACUUGCCUUCCUAUUUAUCCAAAAGAAAUGGAAAUAGAUUCUGAGGAUGAAACAGAUCCUCGCUGGCUCCAGAAAAAAACUAUGAUGAUGAUUGAUGAAUUUACUGAUGUAAAUGAAGGUGAAAAGGAAUUGAUGAAGAUGUGGAAUCUUCAUGUUAUGAAACACGGUUUUGUUGGUGAUUGCCAAAUCCCACUCGCCUGUGCAAUGUUUCUGCAAGAAAAGGGAAAAGAAUUAUUGAAGAAGAAUCUUUACCGCAAUUUCGUUCUUCAUAUGUCUACCCUGUUUGAUUUUGGAUUGGUGUCUCCGGUCACUGUUUUUACUACACUGCAGAAAUUACAAGAAAUCAUACAAACUGAUGAAGAGAUUAAUAAGAUUCUUCAGCAAAGCUGGGCAACUCAGCGUGAACAUUGGAAUCCUCUAGAACAGGCUCCUAAAAUCGAUUCCAGCUCCUCUCCAACUGGACAGCAACAAGACAAUUCUGGCCAGAGUCGUCGCAAACCCACAGAAGAACGAGGAAAACGAAGAAGAGGGCGUCGCCUGUCCAGUGGAAAACCUGAACUGAGAAGUAAAGAUGCAGGCAAAGAGACAUCAAACAAGAAGUCCGCUCCAUAGAGUCCUAUUAAAUCAUUAGAAGAAUCUGUUUUCUUUAAAAUUUGUUGAGAGAUUGCUCGACAGCGGUCUACUAGUCGUUAUUUUCCUAUGAUUUAUCCAAUGUUUUUCUGUUAAAGUUUCUCAAAAAUAAUUAUAUUUUAAAAAAAAUUUUAAUUGUUUAUUCGAUAAUACUCUCAUGACUUGCCUUUGUGAGUCAUCUAAGACUACAGAGAGUUAAUUAUUGUAAUUCUUUUUUUUAUCGAAUUGAUUGCCAAAGCUCAUUUAAAUUAUUGUUUUCCUUAAUGAAGUUUUUAUUGUUGAUAAUGUUAAUUGGUGGCUACCUGUUGUAAAGGAUGCUUUAAAUUAAUAAAAGUUAGUUUUUUAUAAACUGUCAUUCCCAAACGGGCGGCUUAAUGUUAUUCACUGUGAUGAAUAGGGACAAAUUAUCUUGAUUAGACUGUUUAUGAAAUACUUCGUCUAAAGAGUGAAGAUGGAAGUUUUAAUUUAAAAGAUAUCUUAAAGAUAUAUAAUUGUUCAAUAGUUACUAUAAUAGUAAUGAUAAUUAAUUUCCUAUUGGUGAUAUACAAAUGUAUAACUUGUUGAUAAUGUGAUUUGCGACUUUUAUAAACUGAAUUUAAUACUCGUAUCACUGUUUUAUUUUAUUCAUUUUUAAAAACCUCAAAAGUACAAAUCGUUGUUUUAGCCCAACUUUUGAAUAAUUUUACACAAUUUGCUUACAAUCAAUUUUAUAUUAUUUUUUAUGUAAUGUCACCUGACAACUUUUACAGUCUAAAUAAUGCUUUUAGGUGUUUUUGAAAUAUUUAUCCUUGAAUUAUUAAAAAUUAAAAGCAUUACUCAAUGGUAAUGUUAAUAUAAACUAACUCCUCCUCAGUUUUUUCUAAUCUAUUGAAGCCAUGAUAAUUUGUUUAAAUACUUAUGAGUAAUGAGGUUUUUUUUUUUUUUUAAAUAUGUAUUAACAAACAAAUGUUAAUAUAUUUGUGAUCAGAUAGAUAUUCCUUUUUUUUUUUUUUUUUUCAUUACAAAGAUUCUUAAGUGCUAGUUUUAACUUCUUAUUUGAUCUCUACAUUUUGACUUAUUUUUAAAAUAUGUAUUGGCUAUAGCCCACUGCCUUAUAAUUUAAUAAAUAUCGGCUGCUCGUUUUUUAUCUUGUGUUGACGAUUGAUCCUGUGUAAAUAAUCUAAUUUCUCUAAUAACAUUUAAAAUGUUGAUAUAGUGCCUUUGUAAUUAUCUCAUAUUUGUAAUGUGGCAUUUGAAUGGAUGUAGUAAUCUUUGAGGUAAUUGAUUUUAAGUUAUUGUCAAUAUGUUGUUUGUUAAUAAUAGGUUCUGUUUUCUUUAUAAUUUUCUAAGAUUGUAUAUUAUUUUUUAAUAUUUGCUGUCUUUUAAUAGGCUUAGUCACUUCAUGCUUUCUAUUAGAAGCUGUAAAAAGAAAAGAAAAAAAAAACUUAUAUUUAUGUAUGUUACCAACUUUUUUUUGCUUUAUUAGUUAUUUUUUCUUUUCUGUCUUUUUAUGUUAUUAUCUACAUUAUGUCUUGUAUAAACACAGUUUAUUAUUUGUUUUUUAGCAUUGUAUGGAUCACUUUUGUUGUAGGGGUUCGAAGUGGAAUAAACUAUUUAUAUUAGAUUUAUUUAUUCCUUCCUUUGUGAUCAUUGUAUCUUUUAAUAAAUUAUGACUUAAAAGUUG